AGUUCCCCGGUUGCGCUGUUUAAAAAUCAUACACUCGGUAUUUAUAUCAUUUAGUGAAAGUCAGUUGGAAAAAUGGAGUUUCGAGCGAACAAACGCAUUAAACUAAGGCAACACAAUGACUACUAGAUCUACGGACAGCCAGGAACCAGGACAAACAACAUCCGUACACACGGAAGAAGUCGAUGAGACGAGUACCGAAACUAAAGAACAUAGCGACACUGCACACGAGUACAAUUCACAAGAUGCAGCAGAAAAUAUGUUGAACAGUGAAUCAUCGGAUAUCGAUGAUAGUGACAAUGACAAAGACUAUAUUCCGGAAGAAGGCGAUGCAUCGUCAGAUGAGUCGAUAGUUGUCGAACUCAUACCAAACAUUCAAAGAUUUCAAAAGAAGACAGCGUCAACACUACCUCCUGUUGAAUCCUUGCAAUCUCGUGAACGUGACGAAUCAUCCGCAGAGGCACACAAAACCAACAUCACCAUCGCUUAAACAAAUAACAGUGAAU